AUUACAGCGCGGAACAUAAGGUGGCCGAGGCCACGCCCAGUGUUAAAGGAGCUUGGCUGCCUUCUCCCAACAAGAUACGUGUUAAUGGGGGAGAGUGCAAGAUGUGUGCCGCGUUAGCAAAGCCAGUUCUUUACACUUAUUUCAGAAGCUCCUGCUCCUGGAGAGUGCGAAUCGCUUUGGCUCUGAAGGGAAUUGCCUAUGAACAAGUAUCCAUAAAUCUUACAAAGGAUGGAGGGCAGCAGAUGACUUCAGACUUUCAAGCAGUGAAUCCAAUGCAGCAAGUCCCUGCCAUCAAAAUCGAUGGCAUCACUCUCUCCCAGUCUCUAGCCAUCAUAGAGUAUCUGGAGGACAGCCGGCCACUCCCAAGGCUCCUUCCAGAGGAUCCAAAGAAGAAAGCUGUGGUUCGAAUGAUCUCAAAUCAUAUUGCUUCUGGAAUUCAACCACUGCAGAAUCUAGCUGUCCUGCAGCAGAUGGGAGAGAAAAAACUAGACUGGGCACAACGCAUCAUUUCUCAAGGCUUCAAAGCUUUGGAACAGAUCCUGCAAGAAACAGCUGGCUGCUACUGUGUUGGGGAUGAGGUGACCAUGGCAGACCUUUGCUUGGUCCCCCAAGUAUACAAUGCUGAGAGAUUUAAAGUGGAUCUGACUCAAUACCCCACAAUAAGCAGAAUCAACAAAGCUCUCCUAAAAUUAGAAGCAUUUCAAAGCAGCCAUCCUUCCCGGCAGCCAGAUACACCUCCAGAACUAAGAUCCUAAAGUUCUUCAACUGUUUGUUUCACUGUGGAGAAAUUGAUCCAAAAUUAAAGGGGACUCUCUUUUUGAAGAUUUUCUGGGAAAAAAAUUAGGGUUUCAUCUGGAAGAGUCUAAUAAAUCUAAGACUAAAAAAAGGAGAGAAAAAAGGCAGUGUAAUUGUAGAAUACAUAGCUGGAGUAAAAUAAACUUUUGAUCAUGUGUUACAAUUGUAA